CUGCAUGAACAAAAUGGAGGCGCGAAGGUGAAGGUAGUAAAUCUAAGUAUGGAUAUUUUUUAACAGAACCUCGUCUGAAGAAUUGUACCCAAUGAAAUGAGUAAUUCCGCAAACAGACCUGUGAAAGCUACAUUAUGCCGUUAUUUUGCCUCGGAUGGAAAAUGUUUCUUUGGUGAAUCGUGUCAAUAUGUACACGCUAAACCUGCAGGAAACACUCAAUCAGGUGAUAAAAGUUUCACAAUCUUGCCAUCAACAAGUGGGUACCCUUCAGGUGAAGCUGCUAAUAAAUACGCUACUGGAAAUACUGAGCCAAAUGCAUUAACAAAGAACUUCUCAGGAUUAUCAAUUAAUGCUUUGGAGGUAUCUGAACAGCCACAGAAUCUAGCCAAUCCUCUUUCACCCAAGGGAAGUAAUACAUCCAGAAGACCUUCAGCAAAUCAAGGCUUUGAAUUUCUUCCCACUGCAACGAAUCAUGCAAUUCAGUCGGAAUCCAUUGGUGGUACAACAUUCUUUUAUCCAGAUUCUCAACCAGCAGAACCAUCAAUUAUCCUCCCCUCAUAUCAUGUCUAUCCUAGUACUCCCAGCCACCUUGCAAACUUACAGACUUCCUCAAAACCAAUGGCAAAUUCCUUUUUUAUUUCAUCACAGAUACGACAGGACCUACUCAAUCAACACUCAGCUACGUUGGCGCAGUUAAAUCCAGAUGAUACGAGCAUUCCACGUGAAGUUGAAAGUUAUAACUCAUUGGUUCCAUUAGAGCCAAUUGAUUCGAUCGCCAAUCAACAGUCCCGUCGAACAUUUGGAUGCAUAACCACUUGCUAUAAAUGUGUCAGCUCUAAAGAUGGUUUGACUUACGUUUUAAGAAAGAUGCACGGUAUUCGGCUAACAAACACGAAAGCAAAGGGGAUUGUUGACGAAUGGAAAAAACUUCAACACUCAAAUUUAGUUCAUCUCCGGGAAAUGUUUACGACGAAAACAUUUGAUGAUAAUUCUUUAGUGUUUGUGUACGAUUAUCAUCCUGGUGCAGAAACAAUUCUACAAAGACAUUUCUCGGAAAGUCUGACUGGUCUAAUGAACAUAAAAGAUGGUCAAAAUGGUGUUGUACACCAACAAUUACCCCCAGGGCGGAAAAUGUUCACUCCUGGCAGCACUGCCUCAGGUCGACAACAAUUCAUGGCGGAAAGAUUAAUUUGGAACUACAUAAUUCAGCUUUCGUCAGCCUUAAGAAGCAUUCAUUCCCUGAUGUUGGCGUGUCGAGUUAUUGAACCAUCGAAAAUUCUCGUACUGUCCAAUUCAAGGUUACGAAUUAAUGGAUGUGGAAUAUUUGAUGUCCUGGAUUCAAAUAACAGUACCUCAAUGGUUCAACAUUAUCAACAAGAAGAUCUUGUUUCGUUUGGAAGACUGAUAUUGAUGCUCGCAUGUUGUUCGUUGCAAGCUGUAAACCGCGAGAAUAUUCAGCAGUCAAUGGAGAUUAUAAGCCUGAAAUACUCCAACGAUUUAAAAAAUUUAAUUCUGUAUCUUCUCAGACAACCUCCACCAAAUCAUAUAAAAAGUAUUAAUGACGUGAUGCCAAUGAUUGGCGCAAGAUUUUAUACUCAACUUGAUGCUGCUCAGCUCCGAUGUGAUGUACUGCAAGGGGAAUUAGCAAAGGAAAUGGAAAACAGUCGACUUUUUCGCUUGCUAUGCAAAAUGGGAUCUAUCAAUGAACGACCAGAAUUUAACAUGGACCCAAGUUGGUCAGAAACAGGUGAUCGUUACUUGAUCAAACUAUUUCGAGAUUAUUUAUUUCAUCAAGUGACAGAAACUGGCGAACCUUGGCUUGAUAUGUCCCACAUUGUCUCUUCGUUAAACAAGCUUGAUUGUGGGUCCCCAGAAAAGAUAUGUUUAAUAUCACGAGAUGAACAAAGUGUUCUUGUGGUAUCAUAUCAUGAUCUGAAGGCGUGUUUUGAUGGUGCCUUCAACGAAUUAUCAACAUUAUCCAGCUAACCCUUGUUUAUAAUAACCGUCAAACGUAUGUUUGAUCAUUAUUCCUGUGUAAUAUACCUUGUACAGACACCUAGAACUUUAGAGAAUAUUAGAUAAUUUUCCAGAUGUGUAUAGAUGUAGGAAUUCGAAAAUUUUAUAGUCAUGUGAUGGUCAAGUGAAUACGGCGCUUGUAAGAUAUUUAUAUAUUCGGUGGUCCAUUUCAGACGACCACUUCAUGUUAUAUUUGGUUUGCGCUAUUUACACUUUUUGCGGCCAACAUUUCAAUGGCCCAGCUACUGAGAAUGUCCCUACAAAACUGUGACAGACAAAACCUAAAAUAUCACAGUUCAAAUGUUAUUUGGUUCUGGAAACUUAAACGAGCCUUGACGUGUCUGAAUUGGACUACACAGCAAUAUUUCUCGUCGACUAUAGAUAAAUGCGCGCAAUUUUUUAUAGUAAACUAUAAUGUAU